AUGAUAAUGGCGGCUUCGGUUAAAACACUCAUGAAGCUCUUCUUCUUUGCCCUAAUCUUUGUCAGCUUCACCAUAUCUCCGGUGAUGUCAACGGCGCCAGAAGAAUGUGAAGCUGAGUCAACAAAUCCAUGUGUCAACAAGGCAAAGGCCUUACCUCUAAAGAUUAUAUCCAUUGUAGCCAUCCUCCUGACUAGCAUGAUAGGCGUCUCGGCUCCUCUCUUCAGUCGAUAUGUUCCCUUCCUCCAUCCGGACGGAAACAUUUUCACAAUCGUUAAGGCUUUCGCGUCCGGGAUCAUCCUGGGAACAAGUUUUAUGCACGUUUUACCAGAUUCUUUCGAGAUGUUAUCAUCGGAAUGUCUAGAGGACGAUCCAUGGCACAAGUUCCCAUUCACCGGAUUUGUUGCUAUGUUAUCGGGUCUUGUCACUCUAGCAAUCGACUCAAUGGCUACUAGCUUCUACAGCAAGAACGGCAGUGAGAUCGUGCCCGCUGCUAGUAACGGUGAUCAGGAGAGAGCAAAUCCUAUGAUAACUCAUGGUCAUAGUCAUGGUCAUGGUGUUACAUUAACUACAAAAGAUGAUGGUGGCUCACAGUUAUUGCGGUACCGUGUUAUUGCUAUGGUUUUGGAGCUUGGAAUUAUAGUUCAUUCCGUGGUCAUUGGACUAUCUCUAGGUGCAACCAACGACACAUGCACCAUUAAAGGUCUCAUUGCAGCUCUUUGUUUUCAUCAAAUGUUUGAAGGCAUGGGUCUCGGCGGCUGCAUCCUCCAGGCGGAGUAUACAAAUGUGAAAAAGUUCGUUAUGGCAUUCUUUUUCGCGGUUACAACACCGUUUGGAAUCGUUUUAGGGAUAGCAUUGUCGAGCAUAUACAGGGACAAUAGCCCUACCGCAUUAAUUACUGUCGGACUGCUCAAUGCAUGCUCAGCAGGACUGCUCAUCUACAUGGCUCUUGUCGACCUUUUAGCAGCCGAGUUCAUGGGCCCAAAGCUUCAAGGUAGCAUCAAGCUUCAGAUCAAGUGUUUCUUUGCCGCACUACUUGGCUGCGGUGGAAUGUCAAUCCUUGCCAAAUGGGCUUAA